AUGCACCGGAGUUCUGUGCACCGGGAUCACCCAGGCUCCGUGCACCGGGAUCGCCGGGGCUCUGUGCACCAGGAGCACCCAGGCUCCAUGCACUGGGAUCACCGGGACUCUGUACACCGGGGCUCCAUGCACGGGGAUAACCGAGGCUCCAUGCACCGGAGUUCUGUGCACCGGGAUCACUGGGGCCCCGUGCACCGGGAUCACUGGGGCCCCGUGCACCGGGAUCACCGGGGCUCCGCGCACCGGGAUCACCCGGGCUCCAUGCACCGGGAUCACCGGGGCUCCGUGCAUCAAGAUCACCAGGACUCUGUGCACCGGGGCUCCAUGCACCCAGGCUCCGUGCACCGGGAUCACCGGGGCUCUGUGCACCAGGAGCACCCAGGCUCCAUGCACUGGGAUCACCGGGACUCUGUACACCGGGGCUCCGUGCACGGGGAUCACCGAGGCUCCAUCGACAUCAGCCCCUUGCUGAAGGACCCGGCAGCUUUCGGGGCUCUGCUCGACCUCCUGGAGGCUCAUCUGAGGGCCUCCUUCCCCCGCAUCGACUUCAUCGCGGUGGCUCUGUGAUCCACAACGUGUCGCGGCGCGCUGGUCUCCCUCUGCGGGCCGCCGCUGGCACAGAGGCUGGGCAUCGGCUUCGUGCUCAUACGCAAGAAGGGGAAGCUUCCCGGGCCAACAGAGUCCGUCUCCUACGCCCUGGAAUACGGCAAGUACGACUGA